ACGAACCAGAAACAACAACAGCAAAAUUUUAAAUCUGCCCAUCGACCUGCCUUCUGGUCGGCUCUCCCGUCAAUCCAAGCUUUAGUUGAUACCUUUUCGAUCGCCUCGAUCGCUCCCCUGUUUCGUUCCAAAUCUCUUCCAAACGGAUCUUCGCCGAGACCCCGAGCUCGGUACAGUCCCGACCAUCGUGCCACUUUGAUCCCACCACCCACCCAUCCCGCCGCUGUCCCCUCCGUCCAUCCAUCCAUCCAUCGGCCUGCCAGCCUCUGGGUCGCCAUGUCCGACCCCAGCGCCGAUCCCAGUGGCCUGUCGCCCCCAUUCCUUGACGCCCCCAUGGAUCCUCUCAACAUGGACCAUGUUACCGAUCCUCUCCACCUCCCCCCCGUCGUGCUGGCACCCCGCCCGUCGCUGUCGUUGCAGGAUCCCGUCCAGGCCCCCAAAAAUACGCCCUUCCCCCCGUCGCCUUCGACCUCGGUCGACCUGCCCAGGCCGCCGCAAAUACCCCUGGAUCGCGAGCCGCCGUCCUUCCACAGCCACGAAACCUCCCAGUGCCCUGUUCCGCUCUGUCCGCCGCUCUCCACUGUCCCACCGAGCAACGCCGUCGGCUCCGAUUCCCUGCUUCCCUCCUCGUCGCCGCUGAACAUCCAGACUGAAAUCUCCCACGCUUCGUCCGCAUCCAGUGGCUGGCGGAAAGGCAACAUCAUCGACCGUGUCAUGAGAACCGAGCCGAGUACAUCGUCCAUUCUCGACCCCACAAAGCCUUCGCAGACCCACUACUCAAUCUUCCGCUCCACCUCGCUUCGCCUGCGGAGGAGUCUGAAAGCCCAGAAUUCCCGGUCCGUUUCUCUCGAUCUUGCCCGGCACGGCCGACUCUCAACUUCGACCAUUGCCCCCGGUGGCUCGCCGCCGCUGGGACUGGCUUCGGGCUCGUCCAUCAAGAAGAAGCGGCGGUUCUCCAUGCCUCCGUUCUUUUCGGGGCUGUGGAGCUUCUUCAGCCCAUCCAGACACAGUGCUCGCUCGGCCCGGUCCAGAAAGCGCUUCUCCUAUCCGUCGUCCGUUCCACCCUCCAAUCUCUCCUCGACCGUUUCGUUUCCGUCACAUAUCCAGUCCACUCAGCCUGCCCCCCACGAUCAAGUCGCUGCCCCGGGCUCAUGGCCGCCUCCGGAGCUGUCGUCGGCACCGUCGAUCCUUGUUCGCACCUCGCCGGCCCAGCCCCGCUCGUCAGAGCCAAAGCUGUCGCUGACAAUCGAGAACUUUGAUCCCGCCAACUACGAAUCUCCGCCGUCUCGUCGCCGCUUGCCGGCUUCACCGCUUGCUUCUUCCAUCUCCCUGACCGACCUCACCAGCCGCUCGCCCUCUCCCAGGCUCGCCACGAGGUCAAGCACCAGUCCGACUCCCUUCUCUGAAUCCUUCAGGCUCUUUGCCAAGCGUCCUCCUUCUACCGGUGGAGCCCCAUUCUCGCCCACGCAGAGCACGAAAUCCCUGAAACCCUCCCGUUCCCACGAGCCGCCGUCGUCCUUGCAUCCGUCCAUUCCCGGGCGCCCGCUCUCUCCUGGCAACCUCUUCUCUCGUUCAUCGCGGCAAGCCUUGUCAGUCGACAGCUCGGCUACAGUCACAACCGCACCCGCACCCGCAGCCACAACCACGACCACAACCACAACCACGACCACGACCAUGAGCCUGCCCCCAGCCGACUCGUUAGCGAUGGCCCGGAAGCGAAGCCCGUUCUUGGCCUUUCGGCCGAACCGGUCCCCGUCUCCGGGUCUGUCGCAGUCCGCAAACUCGUACUUGCUUGAGAAACAACUCAUCCCGCCGCAUCUGCUGACGCCUCCUCAUCCGGGCGACACGAAGCUGCCUGCGUUGGGCCAAGGACUGCCAAGGCCGCCCCGUGCUUCGCCACCGCCACCGCCGCCACCGAUAUCCAGCCGGCCGACGGAGCCCGAGCGACUGGAUUCGAUUCUGUGUGCUCGUGCAGGAUCCCGCGACUCGAUCGGCGCCCAAACGGCCACCACAGUUACAUCAAAUCGCGGCAAUGUUGGACGGGCUGCAGACCGCGACCGCCACGAGGCGUCCCGGAGCUCGCAGGACGGCGUGCCUGCGUCGGUGGUGGCACUGCCAACCGAGUACCAGCCACAGACCAGCCAGCCCAUCGAACCCACCGGCAGCGGCGUCCCCAGGCCCAAGCGCCACUCUGCAGCCUCGUACUUUGCAGACCUUCCCCGGCCCGAGCGCUGGGCGAUCGAAAUGGCGCGAGCGCCUUCUGCUCAGGACGGCUGGCGGAUCACCGAGGGUAUCGUCUCAGGAUAUCGCCAGAUCGAAGUCUUUGAUUCGUACGAGGUAUAUCCGGACAUGGACCAGAAGAGCAGUUUUGGCGUUAUCAUGGACGACACGAUGUAACGGCCCAAGCAAAUCGAAUUGGAUCGGACCGGACUGGACAGGACUGGACCGGACUGGACCGGACUCGACCUGGCCAGACUGAGGCUGGACUCGUGAAUCGCAAGAUCGUAGCCAACGUUUUUGAGA